GAACUGAAAUUCAAUCGACCGCUUAUCCAUCGUUCGUCCAAGGAAAUCAAUCAAAAGAAAAGAGAAUCGUGAUGCACAGAGAGCGAGGGAUUGGUGUGUCCAAGACGGAUGUCGAUCAUCGAAAGCAGCGGAUUAGCGAUGUCCUCGAUAAGCAUCUCGACCGAUCCUCUCCGUCCAGUUCCAGACCCACCAACGGCAAGGAUUUGUUUCUUUUCAUGAACAAGCAGCAACCGCCUGAUCACAACAACAUUGACCAUCUCCUCUCUAAAGACAACAACGCCUCCGUUGUGGAAUCUGACACGGACAGCGAAGAGUCUGAUGUCAGUGGUUCCGAUGGAGAUGAGACGUCGUGGAUCUCAUGGUUUUGCAAUCUAAGAGGGAAUGAAUUCUUUUGUGAAGUUGAUGAUGAUUACAUACAAGAUGAUUUUAACCUCUGUGGGUUAAGCAGUCAAGUUCCAUACUACGAUUAUGCCCUUGAUUUGAUUUUGGAUAUUGAAUCCUCUCAUGGUGAUAUGUUCACAGAGGAACAGAAUGAAUUGGUUGAAUCUGCAGCAGAGAUGCUUUAUGGAUUGAUUCAUGCUCGAUAUAUAUUGACCAGCAAAGGGAUGGCAGCUAUGCUGGAGAAGUACAAAAACUAUGACUUUGGAAGAUGCCCCAGAGUUUACUGCUGUGGACAACCUUGCCUUCCAGUUGGUCAAUCAGACAUUCCUCGGUCAAGCACUGUUAAAAUAUGCUGCCCCAGAUGUGAUGAUAUGUACUACCCACGUUCCAAGUAUCAAGGCAGUAUCCUUAAUUGCACUCAAUAUUCUUUUACUGGGAAAUAGUAUGCGCUCCUUGUUUAUAUGGCUGUUAUUGGCAACAUUAGUGGUUCUUUUGGCCUAGAGAUUGAACUUUCCAAUUUGAUACGAUCUAUGGUGUGUAUUUAUAGGUCUAAGGAGUUCGAUUUAAGAUCGUUUCAUUCAUUGGUUCAUGCUUGUUUUUAUGUGUCCA